AUGAAGGAGCACACAUCAAUAACAGGAAGGGAAUAUCUGGGGCUGCAGGUGGUAUUAAAAAAAAUUAUGUGUCUUUCUUUUUGGCUGGGAUUUGUUUUCCUAGCAGGAUUCCUUCAAAUGGAUGAAAAGUUGAUCAAGCUGUGGCCUACCUUUACCCAGGACAUCACACACUGUCUACCCACAACAAAUGUCAUGUACCUGAAGACACACAAAACUGCUAGCAGCACAGUCUUGAAUAUCCUCUUCAACUUCUCAGAGAAACACAAUCUCACUGUGGCCCUUGCGCAUGCACCUCAUGUCAAUCUGGGGUAUCCUAGCCUCUUCAAAACAGCUUUUGUUGAGGAGUUCAAAACUAUUGGCCAAAACUUCAACAUCAUGGGCAACCACUUGAGAUUUAAUUUGCCAAGGGUAAGGAAGGUAAUGCCAAAAGAUACCUUCUAUUUUACUAUCCUGAGGGAUCCAAUUUUAUCGCUGGAAUCCUCCUACGUUUAUUACAAAAACUAUUCACCAGCGUUUAAAAACUCCAGCAAUGUGAAUGAAUUUCUGUCGUCUCCAUGGACAUACUACGAUCUGAAUGUAAAGAUCUAUAACAUCCACGCAAGGAACAACAUGUGGUUUGACUUUGGCUAUGACAACAAUGCAGAGGAUGACGAUUACUAUGUCCAAUCCAUCAUACAGAACAUUGAGCAGAAUUUCCAUCUGAUACUGAUUGCUAAUUACUUCGAUGAGUCCAUGAUCCUUCUGCAGAACACUUUGUGUUGGGAUUUGGAUGGUGUGGUUUAUUUCAAGCUGAACACCAGGAGCCUAGAAAGUGUUCAGACCUUGACUCCAGAGGGCCACUCCCCACUUACCUCUCAGGAAAAGGUGAAAGACUGGUGUGCACUUGAUUGGAAACUUUACAAACAUUUCAACAAUACCUUUUGGAUUAAGAUUCAUAACAUGAUGAGCCUACCAUCCUUGUACCAGGAAGUGAAACUUCUGCAGAAGAGGCAGCAGGAACUGAUGGAAACAUGCCUUUUUGAGAAAACAGCAGUUGAUAAAAGCAAAAUUAAAGACAAAACAUUGAAACCCUAUCAAUCAGGGGUUGCCAAUAUCUUGGGCUACAAUCUCAAACAAGAUUUAGACAAUAUGACAAUAAAAAUCUGCCGAAGGAUGAUCAUGCCUGAGGUCCAGUAUGUGUCACACUUGUACAGACAACAGUUUCCUCAUAAGACAGGAAAACCUACAGACUGA